UCAUGGAAAACUGUUGGCAGCAUUUACGCAAUUUGCCUUUGGCAGACCCGAAAUUUGGCGAAACUGGUGUUAUAGAUGCAUUGCUUGGCUCAGACAUAUGGGGCCAAUUGUUGGCAGAUGGCAUAGUUCGUGGCGAACUUGAUGAUCCUGUGGCACAAAAUACGCAAUUAGGCUGGGUUGUAUUCGGACCAGCUGAAGCAACCGUGCAUAACUACAAGGCGGAACAAUCUAUGGCAUUGCGUGUGGAGGCGCCUGAUGAGCGAGUUGAUGACCUUCUACACAGGCUAUUUGAAUCCAAAGAAAUUGACAUGGCUAAAGGCGAUACACUAGCAGCAGUUGAUCUUUGCGAGUGCAUUUUCAUGAGCACACAUAAGCGUUUUGAUGAUGGCAGUUAUUGCGUGCAAAUACCAUUUACACCAGAUGCUCCACCACUUGGCAAUUCACAUCAGAUGGCACUCAGGCAAUUUCACCAGUUGGAACGAAAAUUGGCAUCCAACUCAGAGCUGAGGCAAAGAUAUGUGGCUUUUAUGCGCGAAUACGAACAACUUGGUCACAUGCACCCUAUUCAGCAUCAUUCAGGUGACCCAUCUCAGGCAUACUACAUUCCACAUCAUGCAGUCAUGGCAAAAUUCCGAGUCGUAUUCAAUGCUUCCGCAAAAACAUCGAAUGGCAUAUCAUUAAAUGAUACACAACUCGCUGGCCCCCCAAUACAGGAUUUAUUACUUAACCUUUUGCUUCGCUUCAGGCAGCAUCGAAUAGCAUUCACAGCUGAUGUGGAGAAAAUGUUCAGGCAAGUCAAGGUUGACGAGAGGCACAGGCAGUGGCAACAGAUCCUCUGGCGGGAAUCAUCCAAUCAGCCCAUUCGCAUAUUUGGCUGUUCGCGCUAUGCAGCAAUGUGGCAGAGACAACUCUUAUAA